GCUGUGCGGGCGUUGGUGGACUUGAUGAGGAUCCCCGCCUCUUGCCAGACUUUCCAGGUCACUGCAGCACUGAGGGACUCACGUGGUCCGACUCUGACAGGUGAGACAACAACCUCGGUGUGGGCCCUGUCCUGGAAAGUCCUGUGGGGCAUGGUCAGCUUCUGCCUUUCUCGCGAAGUUCCGGAGCUGGUUGUCGAGGCGUUCACUUCUUCGCUCAGCGCUUUGCGGUUCUCACAUGGCCAGAUGUUCACCACCGCUCAGCAUCUGAUAUUGCUGCAGCUCUCCUGUGUCUUGGUUACCGCACCGUCUUUCUAUUUGCUCUCCACCCCAUGGGAGGUCGAAGCCGAGGACACAGGUGCGAAUGGCAGUCAAGAGCAGAGCAGCCAGAAGUGGCUUUCGGAGCUCUUGUGCGAGGUUCCGCUAGGCAUGGGAGAAUCUGACCGAGAAGUGUUUGAGUUUGUUGAGGCCAGUUCAUCUGCACUGUGGGCACGUGACCGGCAACAAGGUGGAAAGCCUGCACACACAAAGGUGGUUGCACCGCUGACCGACGUCAUUGCUCCAAAUGCGAGUGCCGCAGACAUAUGGAGCACAGAGGAGUUGCUUCAGUCGCUAAGCGACUCCAACUCUUCAGAGGAUUUCAUGUCUCAGCAUGACAGUGAUGCAUCUGACACAGCCAUGUCUUGCCAGAAGUAUCCUUUGAAUGAUGCCGUUCGUGGCCUGUCGUACCACGGAUUAAGCCUGGAAGAUACGUUUACGCAGAUCUAUGCCACGGGUGCCUGGGGCAAGGGCUCAGGCGCAGGCAGUUUGCCUGUACACUGUUUGAAGUGGAUAGAGUUUCUACGAAAAUUCAUCAAGGAGCAUCAGGUUAAGAGUGUUGUCGACCUGGGCUGCGGCGACUGGCAGUUCUCACCGUACAUCUACCACGAUCUCGGAGUAGACUACGUGGGGUAUGAUGUGGUGCUGCCCGUGAUCGCCGAGAACCGCGCGCGGUGGGAAUGUCAAGGAUUCAACUUUGAACAUUUGGAGUUUUCUUCGCAUGUGGAUGAGAUUCAAGAUGGAGAGCUCUACAUACUGAAGGAUGUGCUCCAGCACUGGUCUUCACAGCGAAUCCGCAGCUUUCUCAAAAAGCUCCUUGCGAAGCCCAGCUUGAGGUUCAUCCUUGUAUGCAACUGUGCAGAACCGGAGGACUGGCCUGAUGAAGAUAUUUUGGAUGGUGGAUGGCGUCCUUUGAGUUCGGCGAAGCCACCUCUCAACGAGUUCGAUGCGCAACCGUUGCUCAGGUUCCCAUCCCUUCCCAACCUCAAGGAGGUUUGCAUCAUAUCUCCUGCGCGCAAGCGGCAUGACUUCCCGCAGAAAGCUGUGGCUGCCUGCACAGGAACAUUUAGAGCUGGUGUCGUGUGCAACUUCGCUGGCCGGCGUGCGAUGCAUCCGGUUCGAAGGCGAAGGUUCGACAUGGUCUAG